CGUUCGGGAGCUGUUGGGUGAUAUAGUGUGUGUUGCUAAGACCAGCGAACGGUUGUUUAAUACGCGUUUGGAGAAUUUAAAAAACAAAUAGCGCACAAUGUCGAUGUUGCAGCAUGAAUCACUUUUUUCGAUGGUACCUUCGUCGUUCGAAGGUAUACCGGUGUACGAGCAGCCGCGACCCAGGUUCAUCUUUAAAAUGCCUCGGGUGGUGCCCGAUCAGAAGGGCAAAUUCGAAUCGGACGAACUGUUUCGAAGAUUGAGCCGAGACAGCGAGGUUCGGUACACUGGUCACAGAGAACGACCUCAAGAAGAAAGAAUGAAAAGAUUCAUAAAUGCGUGCCAGGAGGGCCAUACAGAAAUUGCAUUCACGGCCACUGGCACCAAUUUGCAAUUGAUUUUCGAUUCCCAAAACCUACCAUAUGCGACACAAAGCCAAUGUGAGUUCCAGAAAGAACAAAACAAGGUUAACAUCAAAUCCUCGUUUAUUAUGAACGGCGUCUGCGUGAGAUGGCGCGGCUGGAUCGAUCUGGAUCGUCUGGAUGGGGUGGGCUGUCUCGAGUUUGACGAAGAGGCCGCCCUGAACGAGGACCGUUUGCUCCGGCAACAGAUGGAGCGGUAUUCGCAACGACUGCGCGACUUCGAGGACAGCAAGGUGCCCAGGAGGCCGGACAAUCUGGAAGAGUUAAGAAUGGCCAACAAUCUCGCAGCAGCACACGGACAUCAUAGUCAUCUCGCACCUGUAGCAGCAACCAGUCGUUGCCAUGGUCCACAGAGGACAGACCGCCGAAUGACUUAAAGUCAUCAACGAUGGAAUAUAUAUACAGAAAUUCUUCAAUGUCGCUCUCCUGAACGUAGAAAGUAUUAUAUAAGUUUAUAGUAUGUGUGUAUAGUCAUAUCUAAGAUUUUAUUUUUUUUUCGUACAGUAUUGAAUCAAUAGCUUAGUUGCCAUGUAUAAAUAAGUAGUAGAUCUUCAGAGAAACAUUAACAUGUUUAAAUAUUCAUUGUUAUAAUUUAUAUUGAAUUUAAUAUUCAUUUAUUAACAAAUUUUGUAGAUUCGAGUAUAUUAGUACGACUAGUAGAAGCAGUAAUUUUGUUUUGCAGCUUGUACGAAAAAUAUCAAUGUAUUUGUGAACUUGGUAGAUUCACUAUUAUUAACCAAACUAUUGCUUCAAUACUUUAUGAGUAAGUUUUUCGUAUACUUACAUAUUCAAAGCUGGACUAUUUUCUGUAGAUAUUAAUAACUGUUAAUUUGCACAAGUUGUUUUAUCUACUCAAUAAGAUAAGCGUUAUUAAUUUUAAUUUUAGAUUACUUGUAUGAUUAAUGAUUAUAAAAUAAAGUCUGUUCAACGAGACAGGGAAGCUUUCGAUAAACGAGAUUAAAAAAAAAUAGAGAAAAUACAAUUUACUUUUGAAUAAAAAUGACAGACACGACUGUCACUGCUCAACUGUAUGGUCCUCUUUGCUCCAAAAAAGGAAACAAAUGCAGGCAAAAUGCAGUUUACCUGUGAAAUAAAUUGACAGGAAACUAUCGCUGUCAUGUAUCAUUAUAAUACCUAGUGAUGAGUGAAACUGGCCUUGGUUUUGCACAAAAAGGAUCAAGACCAAGACCAAAAACGACUAGUAGAGAACUUAAGCAAGACCAAGAACAAGUUCCAGCAUGAUAGACUCUUGAGAUCUUGCCUUUUUGACGUUUUUUAUUUCAGUUUAUUUCAUCACUUUUUUCACAAAAAAUACUUAAAAAAAUAACGAAAUUUUUAUUUAAUUAAUACUCUAUGAUUUGUUAAAUAAAAACAGUAAAAAAAUUGCAUUAAAUUUUAUGACACAACUAUACUUUUUUUUUACUAAAUAUAGAAGUUUAAUUAUUUAAAAGAUUAUUAUUUUAUUUAGAUAUUUUCUAUAUAGAAAGUUUCAUAAAUAGUAAAAAUUUUAUUAAAAAAUCGCAAGGAUUGAUCAAAUCUUGCAGCAGAACUAGACUCUGCAAGACCAAGACUAGAUAUUUUUUAGACUGCAAGACCAAAACCAAAGAAGUCUUGGUCUUUCAUUUGCUCAUCACUGAUUAUAUCGUUGGACAAACGUGAUUUACAAUCUCUUCUAUUACUUAUUUGUCAAUGUGAUAUUGUUUUUGUUAUACAUUAUAUGUUAUGUAAAAAUAUUUACUCAUUAAUAAUAAAUGUAUUUAAAGUGGUGGACAUGCGGUCUAAUUCAAACUUUAUUUCGUUUUCUAAAAAGGUAUAUUAAUCUUGUCCAAUAUCCGAUCCAAUUAUUGCUCCUUUUAUACACUUUUUUUAUAUGUUACAAAAACAAAAUAAAACAAAAUUAUACUGUAAUCAUAAU